AUAACUGAACACUGGUGAUCACCAAGCCUAUUUAUAGUAGAGGCCGCAGAGAUCGAUGUCUCUGUCUCACUGAAGCACACAUCAGAGGUACGGGUAGAGCUAGAGCUAGAAGAAGUAGAACGAAGACAGCAAUGGAGGUGGGGAAGAAGAAGAAGAUGCUGGCCACCCUGGUGGGGUGCAACUACGCCGGCACGGAGAACGAGCUGCGGGGCUGCAUCAACGACGUCCACGCCAUCCGCGCCGUCCUCCUCGACCGCUUCGGCUUCGCGCCGGGCGAUGUCACCGUGCUCACCGACGAGCCCGGCGCCGCCGGUGGCGUGCUCCCGACCGGCGCCGGCGUCAGGCGAGCGCUGGCCGACAUGGUGGCCCGCGCGGCGCCCGGGGACGUGCUCUUCUUCCACUUCAGCGGGCACGGCACGCUCGUCCCGCCCGUAGUCAGCGCCGCCGGCUAUGGCGGCCGCGACGACGACGACGAGGCCAUCGUGCCCUGCGACUUCAACCUCAUCACAGACGUGGACUUCCGGGAGCUGGUGGACCGCGUGCCGCGGGGCGCCACCUUCACCAUGGUGUCCGACUCGUGCCACAGCGGCGGCCUCAUCGACCAGGAGAAGGAGCAGAUCGGCCCCGACGCCGACGCCGCUGACCGCGACCUCCACGCCGUCGGCCGGUUCCUCCCGUACGCCGCGGUGCUCGGCCACCUGUCGGGCGCGUCAGGCCUGGGCGCGUCGCACCACGUCGCCGACCACCUCGUGGCGCUAUUCGGCGCCGACGCCAGCGCCAAGUUCCACUUCCACCGCCACGGCAACAGCAGCGCCGACGACGCCGACGCCGACGCCGGGAUCCUGCUGAGCGGGUGCCAGAAGGACGAGCUGUCGGCGGACGUGCCGGCGGGCGGCGGCAAGGCGGCGUGCGGGGCGUUCACCGCCGCGCUGCAGGCCGUGCUGGCGGCGCACCCGGCGCCGAUGAGCAACCGGGAGGUGGUGCGCCGCGCCAGGGAGGUGCUCGGCGAGCAGGGGUUCCAGCAGCACCCCUGCCUCUACUGCAGCGACGCCAACGCCGACGUGCCAUUCCUGGGCCAGCGGAACUGAGCAAGGAGACGGCCACCGUGCCCACGCUCUCAUGAGUCAUGAUUGAUUACUACUAUUGUUAUUCCUAGGCCAUUUGUGCGUGCGCUUAUUAUUAUUUAUUAGUAAAUAACUACCUGUGUGCAUUGCAUACAGAGAAAAAAAAUACGAGGCAGCAUGCAUCAUGGUCAUGCCAGUACAGAUUCCCCAUUA